AUGGAACCAGAGCCGUCCACUUCCGCUCUCCUCGAGGCUAUCACAGCCCUCACCGCCACAGUCGGGUCCUUGCAGGCCCAAAUCACAUCCCAAGGCCAACAGCUCCUUGAGCUCAAAGCCAUAUGCAAGGAAACCACGGACCUCCUUGGGGACAAAGACCAGGGAGCCCCUCAAACCCAGCCUGGCCCAUCGACUGGGCCUGUCACUCCUCCCACCCACCAGGGAGGAGAAACCCACACUCCAGGCACGAUUAGGCCUGGGCUCAAGGCCCCGUUCCGGCCUUCAAGGGGAACUGGAUUUGACUCAGAGGACGAAGAACCAAGGGCUCCCAAAAAGGAGCCUCAAGGAACGCCUAGAAGGCACUUGGGGUCCCUCACCCCCUUUGAUGCAGGGUCCAGUGUAAAAAGACCCAAGAUGGACCUCCCCGACCCCUAUAAGGGUGACACUAGGGGACGAAAGGCCACUCAGUGGCUUGACCGGAUGAUGCUGUGGGUAGCCCUCCACCGCAAUCAAUUCAACAAAGAAGAGCAGAUGGUUGUGUGGAUUUUAUACCACAUGACAGACAAGGCCGCCAACUGGGCUCUCCCCAUCAUUGGGAACAUCAUCAAGGGCGAGGGUAACCCUCCCACCACCAUCCAGGCCCUGACAGGCAAAUUCAAGGAGGCAUUUGCUGACCCCAAUGCCAAGCGGGCUGCCGCCAGAAAAAUAGCCGCGCUCUCCCAAGUCACCACGACCGCCAAGUAUGUAACAGAGUUCCGCAACCUCAUGGCGGAACUCGACUGGAACAAGGAAGCCUACAUCGCGCAGUUCACGCAAGGUCUCCACUGGAAAGUCAAGGAAUUGCUGUCAACCAAGGAUAGCGUUCCCGACAAACUCAAGGCAAUUUUUGCGGCCUCCAUAAAAAUUGAUAACAUCCGCCGCGAAAACAAGGAGAACCGCCCCAAGAAGGCACCUGCCAAGUCCCUGACCACCAUGGCCACUACUUCCACCACCACUACUCAACGGGUCCGCCUAUCAGAAGACCCCAAUUACGUCACCCUGGAAGAAAGGGAUUGCCGCCGCGCGUCUGGCCUCUGUGUCAAGUGCGGUCAAAAGGGACAUGGAAUCAAGCAAUGUCCCAACGGAUGGAAAGCCACAGUCAAGGAAGUGGCUAAGGUUGCCGAGGACGUUGAGUCGGGAAAAGAUUGA